CGACACUUCCUCGCUGUUGCAUGCUUUGCGCUGCCACUUCCCUCGCAUGCUAGUCGUCCGGUCUGCCUUCUCCCACGCGUUAUUUCCCUGCCUGAACCGUCAGAAGAGAGCAACUGCCCCGUCGGCGUUCCAAAUCCUCCAUCGUCGCAAUGCCAGCAGCGCCAACGCCCCACCAACAUCACAACUGGACAUUGACCUGCAGCCCGCGGCGCGCGAUGCAUCUGGGAGGUUCCCAGUGACAGCUUCUGGUCCUCGCUUCCGCGAUUUGGCCAAGUGGUGGCUUACGGCGAAAGAAGAAACAGGGCCACGCGUGCCAACGGAUGCGGCCGAACUGGACCGAACUUUGCCCGUGCUGACCCCCGAUUUUUCCGUACCCAUCGCCCCCGGUCAUGCUCGUUUGACAUGGCUAGGACACGCAUCCGUGUUGUUGGAAGUCCCCGUGCCAGGCCACGACAAGCCGUUCGUGGUGCUCACCGACCCCGUGUUCACCGACAGAUGCAGUCCGUCGCAGUACUUUGGACCGAUGCGGUAUCGUCCGGCGCCUGUGGCCGUGACGGACCUGCCUCCCGUGGACGUGGUGUUGAUCAGCCACAACCACUACGACCACUUGGAAGAAGUGACACUGGCCCAGCUGCAUGCCGCCCAACCGGCCAACAUUUCGUACUUUACACCCCUGGGCAACGCCAAAUGGAUUGCCGAGGCUGGCAUUCCCAUCACCAGCAUCCACGAGCAAAACUGGUGGGAUAUUUCGUCCACUUCUUUCCCGUUUGAGGUGGGCUGUGUGCCUGCCAACCACUGGAGCAAGCGCGGGUUCUUUGACCGCAACGUGGCACUCUGGGGAGGCUUUGUCGUGCGAGGGCUAGGGGGGUCUUUUUACUUUGCAGGCGACACCGCGACUGGCUCCGUCUUCGACGCCAUCGGGUACAAGUACGGCCCUCAGAGCGUGUCCGCCAUCCCCAUUGGCGCGUACGCCCCGCGCCACCUCUUUCGGGACCAACACUGCGACGUCGCAGAAGCCAUCCAAAUCCACGACCAAGUUCAAAGCGCGGCGUCCGUGGGGGUGCACUGGGGUACGUGGGUGCUCACAGGGGAGUACUACUUGGAGCCAAAGCAACAACUGGCCAAGCAAAUGGCUCAAACCUCGCAACCCGAGUCAUUUACGACAGUACACCACGGCCAAUCCAAGGUGGUCAAGUGGGUGUUGGAGGACAAAAAUAAAUCUAGUUAGACGACAUAGAUGGACGCCGUGUGGGUAUCGGAAAAUAUAUAGUAUUUUUUAUACCAAUUGACAACAGUCGAA